AUGACCGCUGCGACAGACCCGAUUCAGGCCUUGGCUGCCUUCUUCAACCCCCAGAGUCGAGCACCAAACCCUGACGAUCUCAGCGCCCUAUACAUAUUUCUGAGCCAACACCCCCACGGGAGAAUCUUGCUUCAUCAUGUGUCCUCCCUGACUGACUUGUUACAUCUAUUCGCUGUCCACCGAGAGGAUGUGCGGAAUUUGCCCAAUGCUGAAAACUACGUACGCCUGCUGGUAGACUGGGCCAACGGCGGCCCCUCUGCCCCGAUCUCCGAGGCGCGUACGGGAAUAAUCGCCCUACCCUUGCUCCUUAUUCUUCAGCUGGGGGAGUACUUUCGCUACCUGGACUUCCAUGGUAUCUCUCACGCCGAUUUCAUUGCCCAAGUACAGAAAGCAGGAGGUAUUCAUGGCUGUUGUGGAGGAGAGCCGCCUGCUCUUUCCAUAGCUUGCGCGAAGGAUGAAGGGCAGAUCAUGGACAAUGCUGCAGUACUCCUGCGAGUUAUGAUGAGAAUGGGAGCGUACAUCGAGGCCUUGGAUGAUUGGACCACGAGCGAAUCCAACAUCUUGGCCGUUCGCCUCAAGUAUGAAGGCCAAGAGGAGGAGUCGACGAAAUUGUUUCCGCGUACAUAUGUUUCGGCCAUUACAGAGCCACGUUCGCUUAGUUUUGUAGGAAAUGCGAAGUCAAUAGCGGCCAUGUAUGAAUAUUGUCGUGAAAACGGUCUGCCAGCAGAUAAGAUGGAUGUCACUGGAAAGGCUCAUAAUCCAGAGAAUGAGCACGUAGUGCCAGAGUUCAUGGACAUUAUCAACCGAAAUCCAUCUAUGUUCCAGCUGCCCAAGGAAAGUCGGCUACAAGUCACCGUGCGAUCGAACAUAACCGGUAAGGCAUUGACUGAUGCCGAAAUUAUGGAGGAUAUGAUAACCAUGAUGCUGGCAUCCUGCUGCGACUGGCUUGAGUUGGUCACCCAAGUUGCCCUCGAUCUCAAAGCCUCAGAACGUCCAGCUCACCGACUGGUCAUUUUCGGGCUGAAUGACAGUGUGCCCUUGUCGCCGUUCAAUAAGCAACGUCUCAAAAGCUUCAAGUUCAAAGCAAACCAGCUGCUUGUCUCUGACCCUCAACCAAAUUCCCCGACAACAUCCCCCUCCAGUAUACCAGAGUUCCCUGACAGUACUAUUGCGGUUGUGGGACUUUCGUGUCGGUUCCCGGGUGCAAACAAUCUUGAAGAGCUCUGGGACUUGAUUGCUGGAGCCCGUGAUACUCACCAAGAAGUGCCAGUCGAGAGAAUCCACGUCGGCCGGAGUUACAGGACUUUACAGGAUGAACAUAUGGCGAAAAGAAAGUUCUUUGGAAAUUUCGUCGAUGACAUCAAACGUUUUGACAAUUCUUUCUUUGGCAUAAACGCCAGAGAAGCCGCCAGCCUGGACCCCCAGCAGAAAAUGCUUUUGGAACUGUCUUAUGAGGCUUUAGAAUCGAGUGGGUACUUGACCUCUCAUCAGCGGAGCGCGGAAGACUCAGUUGCCUGCUUCAUCGGAGGCAGUUUGAACGAAUAUCUGGAAAAUACCGCCUGUCAUGCCCCGUCAGCAUAUACAGCUACGGGUACCAUCCGCGCCUUCAUGUGUGGCCGACUCAGCUAUUACUAUGGCUGGUCUGGCCCCGCCGAGGUCCUUGAUACUGCAUGCUCCUCAUCCUUGGUAGCCAUUCAUCGAGCGUGUCGCGCUAUUCAGGCAGGAGAAUGUACCAUGGCAAUAGCCGGUGGAGUAAGCGCACUCACCACGGCAGGCAAUUUCUUUGACUUGGGGAAAGCGGGAUUCCUUAGUCAAACAGGCCAAUGUAAGCCUUUUGAUGCCGCAGCCGAUGGAUACUGUCGUUCUGAGGGCGCCGGUUUAGUCGUUUUGAAGAAGUUGUCUGAUGCAGUCAGUGCUGGGGACCACAUCUUUGGCGUUAUCCCUAGCAUUGCUACCAACCAAGGAGGAACUUCGACCACUCUCACGGUACCAUCACCAACAGCACUGAAGGCCCUAUAUAGAAGCCUUUUUGAGAAGUCGGGUCUCAAGCCCUCUCAAGUCUCCUACGUGGAAGCUCAUGGAACGGGAACUCAGGCAGGAGAUCCCAUCGAAAUGGAAAGCAUUCGGGCAGUACUGGGAGACUCGUCACGAGCAACACCGUUGUCUAUCGGCUCUAUCAAGGGCAACAUUGGGCACUGCGAGCCUGCUGCUGGUGCUGCUGGGCUUCUGAAGGUGUUGGCCAUGAUGAAAUUCGGCGGCAUCCCCCCUCAGGCAAAUCACAGUCGCCUGAACCCGGCAAUUCCAGCACUGGAGCCGGAUGGAAUGGAGAUCGCCCGAAAGCUCCGGGAUUGGAAUGUUCCUCAACGCGCUGCUCUGGUGAAUAGUUACGGUGCUGGAGGAUCGAACUGCGCGCUGUUGUGCUGUGAGCCAAUACCCCGGGAUGACGCAUUAAGACGCAGCCAUGUACUAUCGUCACCAGCAAGGAACCAGAAGAUCGCAUUCCCGAUCAUCUUGAGUGCAGCCUCGAGAACAAGCCUCACCGAGCAUGCUCGGGACCUGGCGACACAUCUGUCAAAACACGCAUCCAAGGUGGACGUGGCCGGGGUUGCAUUCACGUUGAAUGAGCGCAGGAAACGCCACCGUUUCUGCUUCAGUGCUACCGCGACCGAUGUGUCUGGAUUGGUUCGCACUCUAAACCAAGUCGAAGCGCCAAAUUUUGAAUACACACGACAGCAUAAUGCGGUGGUUAUGGUCUUGAGCGGGCAAUAUGAUAACAAGGUGGCAUUAGAUCGAAACUUCUACGAAGCCUACCCCGCCUUCAAGAGCUAUAUUGACGCCUGUGAUGAAUCAUUAAUUCAGCAAGGGUUUCCGAGUAUUGCCACAGCAAUUUUCCAGAAAACACCCAUUGGCAGUGCACUGAGCUUGCAAUGCAGUAUCUUUGCGGUGCAAUACGCUUGCGCUCGUUGCUGGAUCGAUGGCGGGCUCAAGCCUGAUGCCAUUAUUGGCCACAGUCUUGGCGAGAUAGUCGCCCUGGCGGUGUCUGAAGCUCUCUCCCUCCCUGACUGUCUGAAGUUGAUUGCAUAUCGAGCCCGACUCAUUGAUGCAAAAUGGGGAACUGAGCGGGGAGCAAUGCUUGUCAUACAUAGUAGCCCGACUGAUGUCCAGAAGCUCAUUACUUACCUGUCUGGUCUUGAAAAGACUGCUAGAUUAGAGGUCGCUUGCUAUAACUCGCCUACUUCGGUAGUUAUAGCAGGAGCUUCAGCAACCGUGGACUUGGCUGAGCGUGUUCUAUCUACUCACAAAGAAUUUUCUGGGGUUAAAUACCGACGUCUAUCAACAACUCAUGCAUUUCAUUCGCAUCUUGUUGAGCCGAUCAUGCCGGAUUUGAAUGAUCUUUGUCGCAGCAUGACGUGGAGCAAACCCAGCAUUCGAUUGGAGGCCUGUACUCUGGAGGAACAGAAAUCGAUCCAGGACUGGAAUCCUGCCCGACAUGCGAGAGAUCCAGUGUACUUUGUUAAUGCAAUACAACGCCUUGAACAGCAGCUCGGACCUUGCAAUUGGCUUGAGAUUGGCAUAAAUAGUCCAAUCAUACCGAUGGCCAAGAGAGCUAUGCGAGAUGCCAAUGUACACAAAUUCCAUCCAGUCAGUAUCCGGCCAGGUGAAGGGCCGGAGACCGGCAUUGCCACACUUGUUUCUGACCUAUGGCAUUCAGGGCUUUCUGUGUCCCAUUGGCCCUUUAUCCGAGAUUUUCCUGCGGGACUCAAAGAAACAUGGUUGCCUCCUUAUCAUUUCGAGAGGAACCAGUACUGGACUGAGAAUAUCGACCGAGCUAUGGAAUUGCACGAAAAGCUCUUGGCAGCUUCGGCUGUCUUAGACUCCGUAGCUCCUGUGGCUGCACCUCCCAUGAGACUAAUCACUCGAAAAGAAGCAGGCCCCUGUGACUCCCACAGUGUGAACUUUCAUAUCAAUACGACAUGUGAAAGAUUUCAGGAGGUGGUCAAGGGACAUGCUUUCUUAAAGCAACCACUUUGUCCGGCACCCUUGUACUUAGAGGGUGUUACCAAUGCCAUUCAGCUUCUACUCGGGGAUGUGACUACGCAGCACCUAACGUUCGAUGAUUUGCAGUUCCAGGUGCCUCUCGGGUUAGACCAAUCGCGUGAAGUAGAGCUGCAGCUCCAGGAACUUGCUUCCAAGCAAUCCUGGAAGUUCACUGCCAACUUGACUACAUAUGGGCGACUCGUGGAUGGCGCGUUCACUCGACUCCAAGACUGCCAGACAGCUGAGCGGUUCAUGGCGAAGAGAGCGUAUGGAUUGUUUUCUAAAGUGAUGCACUACGCUCCCUUCCUCCAAGGUAUCCAGUCUGUGGUAGUGGAUGGAGACGAAGCGGUAGCCACCGUCAAACUUCCUGAAGGCCAGCCCGGCCGGAUAGAGAGCCCUACUUGGACGCGAUGUGAUGCGGUGCUCCUUGAUUCCCUCAUUUCGGUGACAGGGUUGCUGUUAAAUAGUAGCGAAACCGCUGCUGAUGACCAAGUCCUGAUCGCGGUGGGUAUUGAACGUGUGAUUCUGACAACUGUCUGUCUAGCAAACUUCGAGGGGGAGUGGUUCGUCUACACUAAUAUCAUGCCGGCUGGUAACAAUCAGUUCAUUGGGGAUGUCUUCGUACGCUCCCCCGAAAGACAGAUGGUAGCGAUGAUGUCAGGAGUUCGAUUUAAUCAGCUGGACAAGGUGAAGUUGGGCAAAUUCCUUGGAGCAGCUAAUAACGCCGGCGUUUCUCGGCCACAGCAGCCAGCAUCGCGCCCUGAUCGCUUGCCGGCUCAAAAAGUCCCUGAUGCUGCUGCCAUGUCUACCGGUGAAAUGCCAAUCAUUAGUGACACGGAAUCGAGUCCUAUGACGGCUACAACAGCCGUGACAACUCCGCCAGGAGUCAAGUACAGGAACCCCGAAAUUGUGAUUAAGGAGCUCAUCUCGAAUUAUACUGGUUUGGACCCGGACGACAUCACUGCGGAUGCUGUUCUCAUAGACCUUGCAUUUGACUCGAGCAUCAGUACCGUAGGCCUGGGGCAAACGUCUGUGGAGAACCUUACUGAAAUGGUGAGGCAAAAGUCUCCUGGGGACUCUCGAGACACAAAUGGUAGUGAUGAAGUUAUACAUCACAAUGAGCCGGUAUCGCCUAUUGAUUCUGGUAUUCCACCAGCUCUCUUACAAACCAAGCUCAACGGGGUGGUUGAACAUGAAGGUGACAAGACCGCGACCACAUCGGACCCAGUACAAGCGCUGCUUGAAGUCGACAGCCGAUUUCAAGAUGCGGCACAUAGGAAUGGGUAUGUCGCCUACGAAACGAAUGUUUUACCUUUGCAAAAUCUUUUGGUGCAGGCCUAUAUACUGGAAGCCUUCGAGGCUUUGGGGGUUCCUGUCCUGUCUUUGCCCUCAGGAACGGUUAUUGCCCCGAUCAAGCAUAUACCUAGGCACAGCAAACUCGUUGCUCGACUUUGGGAGAUUCUUCAGACCCAUGGGGUCGUUUUCAUACAGGCGAGCAUAAUCGUUCGAGGUCGUGAAACCCCAAAAUUUGGUUCUGCUGCAGAGGUUUAUGAGAACUUAGUCUCCAGCUUUCCAGCCUAUUUGCCGGAAGCAAAGUUGAUGAAACUGACCGGAGAAAACCUGGCACCAGUUCUCAAGGGUGAACAAGAUCCUCAAUCACUGAUGUUUGGAAGUUCAGCCUCAUCCAAAAUUAUGGAAGACUAUUAUUCCAACUCACCAAUGGUAUCCACAUCUACAGAUCAGCUCGUGACUCUAGUCAUGACUUUGCUUCACGGACAUGAUGUACAUCGUAAGAGCGAUAAGCGGGUCCCUCGCAUUCUGGAAGUUGGUGCAGGCACCGGGGGCACAACUCUGCGACUGGCGCAGGCUAUCGAGGCGGCAAGCAUCCCGUGCCAAUACACCUUUACCGAUGUAUCUGCACCGCUUGUUUCCAAAGCGAAAGAUAAAUUCGUUGAUUUCUCCUGGAUCGACUACGACACAAUUGAUCUAGAAGAGGAGACGAGAGCUGAACACCGCAGCCGCUACGACAUAGUCAUCGGAACGAACUUUUUGUUAGAAGGAACUCAACCGCUGGCCUGGUUUGACAUGACUUUUGGCUUGCUUGAUGAAUGCGCGAGGACAGAAUCAUUGAGUCCGGGUCCACUUCCAGAGUGCCAUGCUCCAUCGGACAGCGGGUUUUAUCGACUUGAAACGAUGGUGUAUAAGGAAGUGAGUGGUGUGGAGAUUGAGGCGGAUAUUUAUGUCCCCCGCGUGAGCCAAUCCUCUCCUCUCGCCAUCGCUCUAAUGAUUCACGGCGGAGGCUUCAUGAUGCUGUCUCGGAAAGACAUCCGUCCCGCACAAACGAAAUACCUCGUCUCCGCAGGGUUUCUGCCCGUCAGUAUCGACUACCGACUCUGCCCUGAAGUAAACCUCAUUGACGGGCCGAUGGCCGAUGUCAGGGACGCCUACUACUGGGCGCGAACGCAGCUUCCCUCCAUAAUGCGUCAGCAUGGGAUUACGGUGGAUGGCUCCCGAGUCGCCGCGGUAGGAUGGUCUACCGGUGGCCAUCUGGCUAUGUCGCUAGGAUGGACGACUCGAGAUCCAGACAUGCCAGCACCAGCGGCUAUUCUUAGUUUCUAUGCGCCUGUUGGCUUUCAGUCAAAUGAACUUGACUCGCAUGCCAGAAAAUCAGCCCCGCAGCCGCUGCAAGACCGAGAGUCGAUCCUGCAGAAGUUGGGAAAAACUCCGAUAACCAACUAUCGAAUUGCAAACCAUUCGGAGGGCAAUGGGUUCUUCGGCCUUCAACCCGGCGACCCCAGGUCUGAUCUUGUGCUCUCAGUAUCGAAGAAUGGCACUGCCCUCCCAUUGUUACUCAACGCCCAGACCGGCAGCGCUGAUUACCUUGCGAUGCCGUCCGCUUCCCGCCUUGCAGCGAUCAGCCCACUGGCACAAGUCCGGGAGGGCAACUACCGGGCACCGACGUUUGUCAUCCACAGCCGACAGGAUCAGGUCGUUCCGUUUGAUUCGGCAGAGCGAUUUAUCGCUGAAUUGAAGGCGCAGGGAGUACCGGGGACGCGGGAGUGGGAAGAACAGGUUGCCCCUGGGUAUCGGUUCUUGCAAGACGCCAUAAUGGGUCUUUCCAAAGAGCACAGGCAGGAGCAGUAGCCAAGCCAUCAAGGAUAGUAGUAGUCACAAUGCUCAGGCAACUACAAGUCGCGAUAGAGCCCUAUUCGCCAGCACAAUCAAGAAUGCAACGAAGUAAGCAG